UUCUUCACAAGCGUCAAUUCUCUUCUACUUGUGCAGACGACCGGACUCAAAUCUGAACUUCAUUUAUUUCAGAGCAAACAAUUUAAUAAAAAGUGAAAAUGUCGGAACAGAAAUUCGCGCCAAACUUCGAAGAGUACCUUAUCUGUCCGUACGACAGUGUGCAUCGAAUUAUGCCAAUUAGGCUUACCUAUCAUUUGACAAGGUGCGCGAAGAAUUUUCCGGCUGCCAAAAUGGUCAGAUGCCCCUUCAACUCGACCCAUUUGCAUUCGGUGGCCAACAUGCAGAAACAUGUCAUUGAGUGCCCGGACAGAUCGUCGAUGGAGCGAUACAAGCUGCCAGACAUGCUGCCCCCCGCUGAACCGCGUCCAGUUGGUUUAGUAGUGGAGACCACUGAGGAUUGGGAUGCUGAGCCGCCGGCCCCGACGUACAACCCGAAGAGCUACUGCGACAAGGAGUUUGUCAUCCGCAAUCCCCAGGGUGCUCCGCCGGCGGCUCGACGCCAAUUUCGCGAAAACGAACGUCGGCGUUUCAGGGAGAACAAUCAGUUCUAACUAUCAAUCUUCACCAUAUACAAGUAUUACUGUAUACAUCCAUAUGUAAAACCCUAACAUAUAGCCCUCUUUUUAAGUUUUUCAUAGAAACUAAUGUAAUUUAAUACAUUUGUAAAGAGGAGUGUUGAA